AUGGAGUUACGUUUAUCUCUGAUUCGCUCACCUAAUUAUCCAGAUACAAUUAAUGUUGACGAAGAUUUACAAGAUUAUUUUAGUGAACCACGUCGAGUAAAAUUAAAUGAGCAGAUUACAAUACGACCUUUGUUACAACCAGAAUUGAAAGUAUAUUUUCUUAUUUCAUCUGUAACAAAAGAAGAUGUUCUUGUCUCAUGUGAUAAUUGUCGAAUUAUUAUUGAUACAAAAAAAGUUCGCCAAGAAAAGUUAACUUUAACUGGUUCUUCUGCAAGUACGGACGAAACAAUUGUAUUUAUUAGUCAACGGUUAUGCCAAAUGUUUACAACAUUUGAUUUACAAUGGUCAAAACAAAUAUCUAUACCAACCAUUCUGUUGCAUGGUCUUGAUGAUUUUAAUUCACUUGUUGAUUAUGCUUGCCGUCAAUGUGGUUAUCAUUGUCAUACAGUAUCAAGUCAAUUGCUUACUGGUGAUUCUGCAACAGCAACCAUUAAACGUAUUGAACAAGUUAUACAACUUGCAGGGAAAUGUACGCCAUGUGUUCUAUUUUUCAAUCAUGUGAAUUUCUUAUGUAAAUUAACUGAUGUAGAAAAUGAUGAUGCUAUCGUAACUAAUGGCCUUAGAAGAUGCAUUCAACAUGUCAGAUCAACAUUAAUUAAUAAUGGACCUCUGAUUAUUUUGGCAGGUGUGUCACGUCUUCAUUUACUAAGUGAACAAGUUUUGAGUCUAUUCAGUUAUACAUUAUCUAUUCCAGCUAUUCCAAUGGAAAUACGGAAACAAUGGUUACGUAAUCGACUUUCGAAUAUUUCAGUAGCCGAUGAUUUUAAUUAUGAUCUUGUUUUAGCUCAAACGAAAGGUUGGCCAUUAGCUGAAAUUGAUCAAUUGAUUCGAUUGACUAUUGAAGCUGCAUACUGGCGAUCACUCGAAUCAGUUGACAUGCUAACUAUGUUAACCAAUGCAGAUUUUGAAAUCGCAUUGAAACAAAGUCAUGCUUCAAAAUUAACUAGUCAACGUAAAGCAAUGAUACCAAAUGUACGUUGGAGUGAUAUUGGUGGAUUAGCUUUGGCUAAAAAAGAAAUCUUAAAUACCAUCCAAUUACCACUCAUUCAUCCUGAUUUGUUUGGUGAUUUAGCAAGAACUGGAAUUCUUCUCUACGGUCCACCUGGUUCAGGAAAAACAUUAUUAGCAAAGGCAGUUGCCACCGAAUUUUCUUUAAAUUUUUUGUCAGUUCGUGGACCUGAACUGCUGAAUAUGUAUGUUGGUCAAAGUGAACAGAAUGUUCGUGAUCUGUUUGAACGAGCACGUCUUGCAUCACCAUGUAUUUUAUUUUUUGAUGAACUUGAUUCUCUUGCGCCACGUCGUGGUCGAACAUCAUCGGAUUCAUCGGGUGUGAGUGAUCGACUUGUAUCACAAUUAUUAACAGAAAUCGAUCAGCAACAACAAGAACAUCAUAUAUUUAUUAUUGGUGCAACGAAUCGACCAGACCUUUUAGAUGAUUCACUUCUACGACCAGGUCGAUUUGAUAAACUUAUUUACAUUGGUAUUAGUAAUGAUCAUAAUGAUAGAAGACAAAUGUUUCAAGCGUUAACACAAAAAUUUAAAAUUGUUGACGAAGAAUUCGAUGCAGAUGCUUUUGUACGCGCAUGCCCAUUGAACAUGACAGGUGCCGACUUUUAUGCGUUAGCAAGCGGUGCUUAUCUUAGUGCAAUUCGACGACUGAUUACAAAUAAUCAAGAAAAAGACGACGAAUAUGAUCAAAUAGUUCAUUUAAUUGAGAGUGAUUUUACUGAUGCACUUGCAAAUUUUACUCCGUCGCUCGAUGAAAACGAAAUUAGACAAUAUGAAAGAUUACAAAAAUCUUGA